AUGUAUACGUUUCAGACAUAUCGGCAAGACUGGCUAUGGAUGAAGAUCUAUGUAUUUAAUUUGUGGCUGCUCGAUACGAUACAUGAAGCUGCGCUUGUUGGGGCAAUUUACCGAUAUCUUAUAACUGGGUUUGGAGAUGUGUCUCGGAGUAUACAUCUUGAUAAACUCCUCGUCUUCGCCCUGUUAGUCGGUGGAUUCGUAUGCUUGAUGGUGCAGCUUAUCUACGUGAUGCGAAUAUGGAAGCUCAGCGGAAAGAACUUUUGGUUAGCCGGUGGUGUCGGUAUCCUUGUCGUCGGACAGUUCACAGCGACGCUAGGAUAUUUCGGAAGAGCAGUCCAAGCUGAGACCUUCCUGGACCUGCAGCGCAGUAUGCUAAUUACACGAGUUGUCAACGCUGUCAGUGCUGUUGCAGAUGCUGCCAUUGCUGCAUGUCUCGUCAUACUUCUCCAUCGGAAUCGUUCGGGAUUCAAACGUAGUGACACGAUAAUUAACUUGCUCAUCGCGUUUGCUAUCAAUACGGGACUCCUAACGAGCCUUUGUGCGAUCCUUGGGCUUAUUGUAGGACUCGUGCGUGAGGAUACGCUGUUGUUCAUGUUCUUUUAUCUGCUGAUCGUCCGACUGUACAUGAACUCACUUCUAGCAUCGCUCAACUCACGAAAUACCUUGAGACAUAUUCUCACUAGGACACAGAGCACAUUCGCGACCUCGGAAUUACCGACUUACAGGAUACGAUCCAACGUUUCGCAUGUAGACUCAAUAGUUUGCAGCUCACCUACUCUUGAAGCAGCACAUCCGCCGGAACUACCAAGCAUCCUUUCCGUAAAGACUCCACCAACGGCAAUUGAACAAAUUAUUGACGGCUUGUUUGGCGAGGAAUCGGGACAUUCAGUUAUCUUACAAGAUCCAGAGAAAGUUGCCGAUGCGAUACCGAAUAAAGUCGAAGAUGUCCAUAAUCCGUUGCGAAAUUGAAUUCCUUUUCCUUGGUAUUCUGGACGAUUUAUUCGCACAGAUAAUACUUUCCUCUUCAGUAACGAUAUCUCUCUGCUACUGCUUUAGUUGCUGGGAUGGUUUGCACGAUUUUAAUGUCUCCUGUUAUGCAUAUCCUUGUAUCUCCCACUCCUUAAUCAAUAUUGACAGAUACACACACUCCUUUGUGCUUUGGCUGUCU